AUGACCGAUCACACAUCGGAACAUUGUCUAGACAGACCUACCCAUACGCGACCUCUUUCCCUGGACCUUCAGAUAGUACAACAGCCUGCUCAACGCCGGCACAUUGAAGACCCCGUGCCAGAAAAUCUGUUCUUGUCCCAUGUAGCUUCGGAAGUGGGUUUGCCACCGUCAAUACCAACAUCUUCUCUAGCACCAAAUAAUCCUCCACUUAUUCGCCCAAAUAUCGACAAAGUGACACGUAGUCAGCUGAAAGAUUUCUUCAUAUUCGUAGACGUUCAUGCGCCUUUUGCAUCUCGGCCAGAUACCAUGGCCUUACAUGGAGUCAACGCACUUGUGGUCGCCCGCGCGAUGAUGGAGAUUAUGGUGUGGGAUAUCGAAGGCCAGCCAGAGGGUUUUGCACCUACAGAUGCAACUGCAGUUCCUCCAGCCACCACUCCCAAGCUCACAAAGUAUACACUUAGCAAUCGCUCAGAUUUUUUCUCUCAAUUCAGUGCCGACUAUCAUGUAGGUGAAGGCUUCGGGAGGGGUCCACAGCUAGAGGUCUUCCUCGCCGGAGUAGAGGACUUUACCAGUCCAGAUCAUGGCCUUUUCGGCAUCAGGGAGCAGUGGCGCAUGCCUCUUUUUGGUGCUGUAUCGACCAUCCCAGCCCCUAAACGUGAAAGACGAUGGAACACUUUUGGCACCUUCCUCGCUGUUCACAUCAUUCAGCUACGCCAUCGCCCUCCCUAUAUCAGCCCCUUGCUCGUGUUGGCAUGUCUCCAUGGAGUUGGGGGGUUCGACUUUAUCGAUAUCCACCCUCAUUAUCUUGAAUAUUUUCAUCCUGGGGAUUGGCCGCGUCUGAAGGAGUGGUUUGACUUGGGCGAGGAUCUCUCGUCAUUUAGGCUUGCCCUGGCCAAUCCUCGAUCCUACGUGGGGCAGCUUCUGUUGGAAUUUGACAUGCAGGGCUCCCAGUUUUCCGAUGACGUAGAGGAUGAAGAUGCAACUAGAGCGAUCUGGAGGAACUUGGGACGCUCUAUACUUACCCAUGUCUUGUUCCAAUGCGUCGACCUGUGGAACCACCCUAGCUUUGUAUCUUUCAAAGCUGGAUUCAACUUUCCUUUCUCAACCGAUGUUGAUCCCAAACAGGGUUUGUUGGAUGAUGAAUACUUCAAGCAUAAGCAUGAUGGGCUCCUUCGCAGCCGUCUCUUCCUCACGAGCAUGUUGGGCACGCCCAAUAUUCCUACCGACCCCAACUGGAAGAUCAAGAUCAACAUGAGCUCUGGGCUCAUACGCUCACAGGAGCAGGCUGGCGAGAUGUUCAUCCGCAGGGACGACAGCCCUCCUCUCAUCUGCUGGCAUGCGUGCUCCUUAGAAAUUGAUGUGUCCGUCAAUUCAUGGCUCCUCAAUGCUCUCCUGCAGGACGCCUUCCAAGACCCGAGCACAAUAACUGACUUUGACAUAUGGAUGCACAGUCAGGUUUGGAGUGGAGCAGGCGCUGCCUUGGGCACUGUAACUAGUUUUUCACAAGCUUAA